CCCGAGUAAGAGGCGGGGCUGGCGAAACUUAGAGGUGUGGCGACCACUAGCUGCCCGGGCGCAGUCCCAGAGUGAGCUCCUCCCCGGCCUGUGGAAGCCUAAAGUAGAACUGAUGGGCGGGAUAAAAUGGAAGCGACAACCAAACACAAACUCUCAAGAGAAGACGGGACCAAUCGGACCGGGAAAGGGAGGAGGGAAGUUCAGCCAAUAAGCAGUAGAUACCGGCCGCCGCAGUAGCGUAUCAACCAAUAAGAGACUCGGGGUGUGUCUUCCAAGUUCACAGGGGGAAAGGAGGGUUUACGCCCAAGCAGAUGCUGGCCAAUGAGCUUAGAAGCUGAGCUAAUCCUAACCAAUCAGAGAGCCGAUCUGAUAUCGGGCACCGUUACUGGGGCGUGGCCUCGGAGCUCACGUCAGGAGAAGGCCCCUGGCCUUCCAAUGUGGGACUGGGGCAAAUUCUAGUCCUCCCAAUCCGUGCUCGGCGCAGGCAAUUCAAACUGACAGCGGGUUAGAAGAAGCAGAGAAAGCGGAAGAAAGAGCAAAACCCGGCGUGUUCGGUGGCGGACUCCAGCGGGCACUGACCCCGUUCCGAGGUCUCUCCCCUCCACCUCGCUCACUUUCCGAACGAUCGCGGUGGGAGAGACCUGACGGCUUACCGGCUGCAAGUGCGAGAGCUGGGGGUGAAGAGGACGCCGAGAGCCGCGGUGCAAGGGACGGGGCCCGCGGGCGAGCUCGGAGCAGAGGGCGCGGGACCGGGCCAGAGCCCGCGUGGAAAGGGCUGAGUGAGGGGCGUUGAACCCUACGAAGAAGCCGCGUGGAGCAGAGCAGAAAUCGGAGCGCUCCGCGGGCGGGGCUCGUGCUGGGAGUGGUCCGAGAGGCUUUAAAGGGGAAGGCUUUAAAGGCUCGCUGGGAACUGGGAAAUCGCCCAAUUCCGGGGCCAGGGUCGGAGCUGGAGAGCAGAAGAUUCUUGAAGACCAUAGAAAGUAAAAACCUGUUGCGAAGUUUCCCUUCACCUCCACUUGUCUCUCCCCACCUUGAACUCCUUCCCUCCCCAAGUCAAAAAGAAGUAAAAUUUGCUCUUCCUACUCGAUAAAUACUAAUUUUUAGCUUCCCACCAGGAAAAUAAGGACGCUCUUCCCAGUUUUAGAACUUAGAGAACGCAAGGCCUUCUGUCUUGAUUGUUAGCCUGAGGAAAUCAAAGUUUCCCCUUUCAAAAUUCUGCACCUCUUUCUACGUGGGACGCUAUGUCUACCAACAACUGCACUUUCAAGGACCGAUGUGUAUCCAUCCUGUGUUGCAAAUUCUGUAAACAAGUUCUCAGCUCUAGGGGAAUGAAGGCUGUUUUGCUGGCUGAUACUGACGUAGACCUUUACUCUACAGACAUCCCUCCUACCAACACAGUGGAUUUCAUUGGAAGAUGCUAUUUCACAGGAAUCUGCAAAUGUAAGCUGAAGGACAUCGCAUGUUUGAAAUGGUGUAAACUUCCUACUUUGGGGCAAUUUGCCAGAGACUGAAGAAUAUACAGAUGAAGAAAUGCUAGAGAUUUCAGCAGAAGAGUAUAUUCGAUGAAAGAAUUAUGAUGUAUAUGAAGUAUCUUAUAAUUUUUCUAUUUAAAGUAUUUAAUUGGUCAGUUUUAACAUUGCUAGUAAAGAUUUGCCUGUGGUUUAAAAUGCCAGUGGAACAUUUACUGUUUUAUUUGCAAUUUCAAAUUAAUUACUUCAAUUCAACGUAAGCCAGUUCUUUUCUUCUAUUUCUACUGCUUCCUCUCCCCCAACUCUCUGCUCCGAUUGGUAUAUUCUUGACUUCAAAUAGGAAAUAUCACAUGUCUCUCAGCUACCUUCCAUACCUUCCAAAUGGAGAAUUUUUCUAUAACUUGAUGCCAGAUAGCAUGAUUCUAUUUCCCGGAAUAAGAACAUUAAUACCCCCUCCUAUAUCAGCUAUACAUAUAAUAAGGAUUUAAAAUUAAAAAACAAAAAUGAUCGGGCUGUCAGGUUUCCAUGGGCACUGGUCAUCAUCUGCUUUCUGGGUAAUGACUGCUCUACAUUGAAAAUGGUGUUAGACAUGAGUUUAACAAGGAAUUAUCAAUGUAUGCUAUCUGGAAAUGCUAGUUACUUACAUUCUUCUAAAGCCAUUAUAGAUGUUGUACCAUGUGAGCCAGGUAAAGUCAACCUUCAUCUUUAAGUUAUCCAAUCCCUAGAGAUUUUUCUGUGAAUAGCAAAUUAUAGAUGUCUAGGACCAAAGCCUACAAGAGAAAUAAACUAAAGAAUUGUUUUUGACUUUGAGACUAAGUCUCACUGUGUGGCCCUUGCUGGCCUGGAAUUCACUGUGUAGAUCAGGGUGAGCUUAAAUUUAUAAUCCUUUGCCUCAACCUCUGCAGUAGCUAACACUAUAGACCUAUAUCCAGGCCUGGCUUGCUCUUAUAUUCUUUUUUUCUUCUUUGUGAAUUUUAUAUCAUGUACCCCCAUCCACUUACCCCCCACCCUGUUUGUUUGUACCCACCUUCACCCUUACAACCUCCUCACCUAAAGUAAAAGAAAAAUCUCAUUGUGGAAGCUGUAGUGUGUCACAGGGUGCCCCACUUCUUUACUUACAAAUAUUCUUUGCAAUGAAUCAUUGGUCUGUUUCAAGACCUCUGGCUUCUACUACACCAUCAAUACUGGAUCCUCAGCUGACACUCCUCUCAGAUCUCCUGUUGUUGCCCUGUGUCAUGGAGCUCCUUCAGCUUUGGAUCUGUAGGACUGGACCCCUCACAUGCUCAAGCAAUUCAUAGAUGGAGUAGAUAUUGGGCCUCCAACUCAAAGCCCUAGAUCUGGGCCUGGGUGGUAGCUGAGCUGGUCAGCUCACCAGUUCUCCUGCACCCACUACCAGGAUGAGCUCUGCAGCACUGCCCUGCUAGUUCACCCAAUGCUGCAGCCAGCUAGGGGCAGGGGCUGCUCUCCAGCUCUCAUGUCCUCUUAAAUCUUGUACUGGAAAAAAAUGUGGAUACUUGGAUAGGCUUUAAAACAACAAAAAUGAAGUUUAUAACCCAUUGUAUAUUCUCCAGUUAAAGAAACGGUUUAAUGCUGGAAUCAAGAAUGUUAAAAUUCAAUGUUAGCUAACCUUCGCUAGAAUUCUUGUGGUCCCCAGUCAGCUCAGGUCCUCACAUGCUGAGUUUGACUUGGGUGCUCUGAAGAGGUGAUACCAGACAGAGGCAGAGUGAUUGAAAUAAACCCAGAUGCUCUAUUAC